AUGUCUGAAGCCGAUCAUUUAAAGCGCAAGGAACAGCGAAACUCCGAGCAUACCAACAAAAACACAGGCUCGGACGCCUCACCAUUGCCGCCAAGGAAUGAUAGUACACAUCGGCUAACCAAAAGCUCACGGUCAAGCGAACAAUUCCUCUUGGGGUCCCGGGAGCGUGAAGUCGAACAAGCCCAUGAGGAAGAUACAGCUGGGUGCUUGUGCCUCAGUCUCGCAAAAGUUCCGCAUUUUCAUUGGUCAAAAAAAAAAGAACGACGACUGGCGGGGGAUCAAUUUUCACACGAUCUCUGGUACAAACCACGCGAGGAACUUGACGAAUCACCCCCACACAAGGGAUGCCCCGGUUGUAAAAGUCUUUGCAAAUGCCCUGGAGCAUGGAGAUGGUGGCCUGGAUGGGGUGGCAAUUGA